AUGGCGACAUCCAGUCUCGAGUCCAAUCUGGAGGCUGACGAUCCGAAGGCCUUAUCUGUCUCUCCUCCACCGCCAUCACCAAGCGUUACCAUGCAAUCACAAGGUGAGGCCACGAUGAAAGAGACUCCGAAGAAGCGCAGCCUCCUCGACCUCCCUUCCAGAAUCUGGAGCAAGAUCGGCCACUUCGUCAUCGAUGCCAGUCCAGACUACACAAGAAGCCAGAUCCUGAACACCCACCGCAGAUCCGGAACAGGACGCCGCUACCAGCCUGCCAUCACUCACACCUGUCGAGCCCUGAGACAAGAGCUUCUAGAAUACUUCUUCGCUACCAAGUGCCACAUCGUUUUCGACUUCAAGAGCAAGUACACUGGUGUCGUGGCGGCGGUUCGGGCAUGGCUGCAGGCGAUGAGCUUGGAGACUCGCCGUCUGGUCACAAUGUCCAUCUGCAUGAGCUCGAAGCCAGAGAUGCAGCUUGCGCAUCUGGCGCAGUUGAGGGCUUCUUGGCGGCAGAUGCCGUUCAGAAUGGUGGAUGAGGCAGGUUUCAAUGGUUCACUUGGUCUGGAAUUUGUCUGA